AUGACCAUCUCAGUCAAGGAAGAGAUACAAGCUGUCAAUCGCAUUUUCACAUACAAUGGCGCCAUACUAAAAGUCAUUUUCGAGAAUGGCUAUUUAUCAACCGCUGAGAUCUCUCAGCUUUGCCAUGUCGAUACAGAUCUGAAGGUUGCUUUUGUCAAGACUUCGACUGGCUAUGGCUUUGCAGAGCAGCAAGAUGGGUCGUACAACUACAAAGGUGCAACAGUCGAGCAUCUGAAGCUUAUGAGAAAGGAGCUGGGCAACAAUGUUCAGAUCGAGGUAGCCGGUGGUGUGCGUACACUUAAUGGUCUGAUCCGGGUCAGAAGUCUGGGUGUGAGCCGCGUGGGAGCCACUGCCACGAAAACUAUACUUGAAGAAGCACAGAAUAGAUGGAUUGACCAAGAAGAGGUUGCUGUAGACGUAUGCUAG